AUGCUUUGUAUCGUGCACACAUACAUUAGGACUCACUCUCCAUCCAUCCACUCAUGUACAUCACAUCGUGGUUUAUGUGUCUCUUCACCACUCUACCAUGCUGGGACACAGUCCUCGCCAUCUGUGACCUGAUCUUUUUGGAAGGAUAUCAACGUCUCUUUUGUGGAGCAUUAGCAAUACUGGAAGUGUGUUCAGCUGAGUUACUGGCCAUGGAUCGGAUUGAGGCUAUCCUUCCAUUCAUUCAGAAAUUACCAUCUAGACUGGCAUCCCAUCAAGUCCUUAUUCCUGUCCUGUGGAGAACUUCAGUGACGUGUGUGGAGCUGGAGCGAUAUAGGAGCAUUCUCCUACGUGAUAAUCCAGCAACAGUGCCUACUGGAACCGACUUCAAAACACCAAAGAAGCGUAGGACAGCUUCAAGUGUGGCAUCAACACCAGUUUCUCGGUCACUUUUAGGUCGGAUCAUCACUGCUCUAACCCCUGUUCUUCACGAAAUGUACCUGCCACCCGUGACACAACGGUUCAAGCUACCUCUAAUCUAUUUGAAACACCUACCAGGAGGAAAAAUGAGAUUCGUUUGGAUGGUGACAGUGAAUGCCACUCAGUCAGUUUGUCAUCCAGGAAGAGAAAGAGAGACAAUCUGGAGAACUCUGAUCCAGAAUUCAAUGUCCCUGCCAUUGAAAUGAAGGAGUUACUCAUCCCAGAGAAACGUCUCCGCCCUUCCCCAUCCUUUUAUACCCACAGCAAAACUCAUUCUCCACCUUUCUCACCGUCUCUUUCUAUUCCUACAGCAUUUAUCUUCUCCCCAACUCCUACAGCGAGUUGUGGAACCUUAGUCUAUGAAACGCCGUCAUCUAAACUUGCAGCUUCUCCCAAGACUGAGCGUGAGAUGCUAUCUCCAGCAGUGAGAAGAAGUGAAAGGGUAGCUCAGAGGAAGAGGAGCCUACCAAGCAUGAAACAACCGUCCUUGCUUUCAUUUUCAUCUCCUGUGAGUUGCAAUGGAGUGUACUCCAGAGUAUUAUUGUCCUCUUUCGAUAUAUUAUUAUGGUACUUUUGUUUGUUUGCUUUUAUUGGGGGAUUAUAACGCUUGCAUUUCGUUUGAUAACCUACUUGUACACAUGCCAUAAUGGUUGUUUUGUAUAAUGGUAUAUCAGCAAUGAAAUAGCAUAGUUAUGUAGCCAAUGUCAUCACUUCUGAAUAAUUAUUUUUCAACAGAGGGAGUGCCCGCUACAAGAUAGGCUUCACACUAGGGAGUGUACCAGUGGAGAAAGAGCAGCAUUUCAGAGCUUUGCAACUGCCACUUCAGUCAAAACUCACCUGAACACUCAAUUAAUGUACUAGGGAGUCCAAUUCAUUUAUUUUAAAGAUGUUUUUUGUAAAUAUUUCUAUGAUCACAUCAUUCUGUGUGGAUGCCC